CAAAAACGUCAAAAACAUCCAUAAAAGCAUAGAUUGAUGUCAAUGAAUUUUCCUUAGAAAAUCUUCAUUGUUAAUUUUAACUUUUUAAUGAAACUGAAUUUACUUCGGAAUAACUAUGGAUGAAGAUAUUUUGACAACUUUAAAAAUUCUUAUUAUAGGGGAAAGUGGUGUGGGUAAAUCAAGUAUUUUACUGAGAUUCAUUGAUGAUAAUUUUGACCCUGACCAAACUCUAACGAUUGGCGUUGAUUUCAAGACGAAAAAGCUAACUGUUGAUGGAAACACUGUGAAAUUAGCAAUUUGGGACACUGCUGGACAAGAAAGAUUUAGAACUUUAACACCAUCCUAUUAUAGAGAUGCCCAGGGUGCAAUUUUAGUCUUUGAUGUUUCUAAUUAUUCAACAUUUGCUAGACUUGAAACUUGGUUAAAUGAAUUGGACACUUACUCAACAAGAAGUAAUAUUGUUAAAAUGAUUGUUGGCAACAAAAUUGAUAAGGAAAAACGUAAAGUUCCUAGAGAGGAAGCUAUGAAUUUUGCACGUCGUCAUCAAACAUUGUAUAUUGAAGCUAGUGCUAAAACAAAAGAUGGGGUCCAAACAGCUUUUGAAGAAUUAGUGUAUAAGAUCAUUCAGACGCCAGGUCUGUGGGAGUCUUUUAGUCUUAAUAAAUUGCAACUUGAUAACAAGGAUCAUCCUGCAAAUUCCAGCAACUGUUCUUACUGCAGCUUAGUAUAAUGAUGGUUCCACAAGAAUAAUUUUAAGCAUGUGAUAUUGUAAUCUCUAUAUAUAUUUAUAGCUACAAUUAAAACAUUUUCUAUUUUGUAAUUUGAUUCAUUAUUAUUCAAUAGUUUCUGAAUUCAUAAAACUAUGUGAUGAUAUCCAACUGAUUAAAAUUUCAUUCUGCCUGUUAAUGUUAAGAUAAUUUGAAAGUAUGGCGUUUUUCACUUGAAUUGAUAAUUAACAACAAAGCUCUUUUUUGUUUGUAUAUAUCUGUUUGAAAAAUAUAUUAUUUAUCUCUCUGA